CUCCAGAUUAAGAUCUCGUUGGAGCAAAAUUGAAGAUGUCAGAUAAUAUUGCGCCCACCUUCAAUGGAAUAAAGGGACACUUUUCAACAAUUCAAAGCACCAAAAGUUUUGUCGUUUAAUGAAAACAAAUCUGCGGUGAAAGAGAGAAAGAACGAAACUUGGGUAGGCUUGCGGCAGCCACUCCUGGUGCUCACUUCUUUAUCUACGGACUAUCUUCCUUUCUCUCUCUUCACCAACCUCCAUUCACUCUUUCCCGUCUCACUUCCCUCCCCCCUCUUGCCUAAGCUUCAUUCAUUCAUCAUGUCAGCAGAGGGUGGUGAUGGAUUGGCGAAUCCUAAGCCGUCGCCGUAUGAGGAGGCAAUGAGUGCGCUGUCUUCAUUGAUAACCACCAGAACUCGUGCCGAGAAGAGCAAUAGUGGAGAUCGCUUUGAUUUGCUUUUCGACUACGUCAAGAUAUUGGAGUUGGAAGAACCAAUUUCUAAGUUGAAGGUUAUUCAUGUGGCUGGCACAAAAGGAAAGGGUUCGACAUGUGUUUUUACAGAGUCCAUAUUACGCAAUUGUGGCUUCCACACGGGGCUAUUUACAUCUCCACACUUAAUGGACGUCCGGGAAAGAUUUCUAUUAGAUGGUGCCGAUAUAUGUCAAGAAAAGUUUUUGGCGUACUUCUGGUGGUGUUAUGAUAGGCUAAAGGAAAAAACCACCGAUGACAUACCAAUGCCUACAUAUUUUCGUUUCUUAGCGCUACUUGCAUUCAAGAUAUUUUCUGCAGAGCAGGUCGAUGUAGCUAUCAUGGAGGUAGGAUUGGGAGGAAAGUUUGAUGCAACAAAUGUGGUACAGGCACCAAUUGUUUGCGGUAUAUCUUCACUCGGGUAUGAUCACAUGGAAAUUCUAGGAAACACUCUAGGGCUGAUUGCUGGAGAAAAGGCUGGCAUUUUCAAGCAAGGUAUUCCUGCUUUUACUGUGCCACAGCCUGAGGAAGCAAUGCCUGUACUUGAAGAGAAUGCUUCGAAAUUGAAUGUAAAUCUUCAAGUAGCAUCACCAUUAGACCCUAACAUGCUAAAUGGCGCGCACCUUGGUCUAGAUGGUGAGCAUCAAUUUGUAAAUGCUGGUCUUGCUGUGGCCUUGUGCUCUACUUGGCUUCAAAGGACUGGACACGUUGAUGUUCCCUACCAUAUAAACACUAGCUCCUUGCCCGAGCAGUUCAUCAAAGGGCUGACAACCGCUAGUCUACAGGGAAGAGCCCAAAUUGUCCCUGAUCAAUAUAUCAGCUCUGAAGGUCCUGAAGAUUUGGUAUUCUAUAUGGAUGGAGCCCAUAGUCCGGAGAGCAUGGAAGUUUGUGGUAGAUGGUUUUCCCAUGUUAUCAAAGAGGAUGAGAAGCUAGUGAGCUAUGCGGAGCAUCAACCUUCUGAUAAUUCAAGCAUGUCUUUUGAAAUGGCACGUGGCUUUCACAAUUCAACUACAAGGAAAAGCUCAACUCAGAUACUGCUCUUUAAUUGUAUGUCUGUAAGGGAUCCCCAGUUGCUUCUACCGCGUUUAGUGAAAGCUUGCGCAAGUCAUGGAGUGCAAUUUAAACAGGCGCUGUUCGUCCCAAAUGUAUCAGUGUACAACAAGGUCAUUAGUAACGUGCCACAACCGUCAACACGAGUUGAUUUAUCGUGGCAGUUAACACUCCAGAGAGUAUGGGAAAGUCUUGUUAAUGCGGAUAAAGGUGGGUACACGAAGGACUCAGGCCUCAGUCCUGAUGAAGCACAGGAUGAAACAGAGAAGGGUAUUAUCAGUAGCACAAAUAGUAAAGUCUUUCCAACACUUCCCUUGGCCAUUAAAUGGCUCAGAGACAACGCCCGGCAAAAUCAGUCAGUCCGUGUUCAGGUCCUUGUAACGGGUUCCCUGCAUUUGAUUGGGGACGUUUUGAGAUUGAUAAGGAAAUAAAACACCUGAUGACUUGACUUUCCUUGCAUUUGUAUCGACUGGAGUCAGGUGUUUUAUGAAAAAGCCAUCAAAGAUACUGCGGAGCGAGCUCAUAUACUUUAUAGUCCUUGGCCAAUCUUCAUAAAUUGUCACACUUGAUUAUUGUAGACGGGUAAAGAUAGAGGUAGCAAGAGAAGACUUCCAUUUGAUGCCCAGUUUUCCCACAAAUUGCUUGAUGCAAAGUCAUUUUGUUUGAAACUGAGUACAUCCAACCAAACCAUUUCUGGGGGUUUUAGGUUAGCAUUAAGGGUUCGCACUUAGCUGGUUUUCCAUUUGUUUUGUUAUGCUCUUGUUUAUGUUCUAUUAUUUCCGUUGGUGUAAUUUUGAUGUUUCAUUGAAAUCUAUUAAAGAUACAAAGUGCAACUCGUACACAA